AUGGGUUGUUCAAAUUCAGGGAAAGCACACCCCCCAACACAACAUAGACCUCCGCCAGGAGCUCAUCAGCCUGGAUAUCCUCAACAACAGAUGGGAUAUGCUCCUCAGCAGCCUCAACCAGUUUACCAUCAGCAGCCUGGAUAUGCCCCUCAGCCUAUGGCCCAGCCAAUGGCCCAACCAAUGGCUCAGCCAAUGGCUCAGCCACAGCCAAGAGCUCACCACAAGCCUCAAGCCAGACAACAAGCUGCCCCCGGUUCUACAGUUGUGCAUCACUAUCACCAUCAUGAUCCAAGCGCUGAAUAUCGCAGACACCCAGACGAUCCUUACAAGAGACACAGAGUUGUGAGAAGAAGGAACAGCAGAGGAGAAUCUUUUGACAGUAUUAUAUCAAGUAUUUUCAGUGAUUUGUGGAGCAACAGUAGUCAUAGUCCAAGAAGAUAUGGAGCAGGAGGAUAUUCUCGUCAUCAAAAUGUUGACACUGAUAUUAAUAUUGUUAACCAGAACAUCAACCAAACUAUUGUGAACAAUAACAUUGCUCAAGAGGCUCCUCAAGCAGUGGAUGCAGCUCCUGAGAAUGAAGUUCCAUUGGAUCAAAAUGCUGCAAUUGAACAACCUCCAGCUGAAGAACCAGCCCCAGAAGAGCCUGCUCCAGAAGAGCCUGCUCCAGAAGAGCCUGCUCCGGAAGAGCCCGCUUCAGAAGAGCCAGCCCUAGAAGAACCCGCUCCUGAGGAACCUGCUGAGCCAGAAUAUGUUGAACCUGAACCAGAGCCAGAGUAUGUUGAGCCAGAACCAGAGCCUUAUGAAGAACCAUACCAAGAACCCGAACCUUACGAAGAGCCAGAGCCAGAAUAUGAAGAGCCUGAACCAGAACCAGAAUAUGAAGAACCUGAAUACGAUGAACCUGAUGAUGGAGGAGAUUAUUAAGGAUGGAAAGUAAAAAGAGUGUUAUAAAUCAAUAACAAUUUGC